AUGACCGAGGUCCCGCCCAAGCUCAGGAUUCUGAAAGGUGCAGAACCCGAUUUGUCUGCUGCGACGUAUCAGAUUCAUGAUGAAUCUCAUACCAUUGGAAACUCACUGAGGUGGAUGCUCAUGAAGAACGUGCCACAUCCCUCCGAGAACCACAUCCACCUGCGCAUUCAGAUGUAUGACAACUUAUCCUCACUUGAGGCGCUUUUGGAGGCCCUUGAAAACUUGGGAAACCUCUGUGACACCGUUGAAAACGCUUACAAACAAAGCCUCUCGACUGACUCGUAUGAACGGUGGGAUGAGCGAAGCUGACCACCGCGUCCCUCAUCUGCACUCCUGUAUCCAUAGCAUCUGGGACUGGCUGCUAUAUACCACUGCCUUUUCUACUUUUGCAUAGACUAUCAUUGUACUUCUAUUCGUAUAUCAAUGUGACAUUCGCAAUUUCGCAUGCAUCUUCAACAC